ACAGAAUCACCACCGUGCGCGUAGAAUCCAAUUGGAUUCUAGUUGGGUGAAACAAUUCUUACUGGUAGUUUGGCGGAGUUGAAUUUUCGUAUUCGUGGUGCGCGUCGAAAAAGGAGAAAAGGGCCGAGAUAUCUGCAUUUUGCCAUUCAUAGCGAUUGACGUUUAGAUAAAUUUGAAAUUUUUCGCAAACUGACUGGUUUUAUUCUUGCCAAGAAAGUAACUAAAAAAAGUUGGGGCCGUGUGUGAAUUUAGGUCGGAGUUUGUGAUUUUUGUGAGAAGUGCGUUUGUGGGCUUUUCAACAUUUCGAACGUGACCCUUAGCUAGCGUUUGAUUUUGCAGUGGAAAGUCGCUAUCCGAGAUAUCAGUAAUGGAAGCUGGUGGAGCGUACGGGGGUGGUAAAGCUGGUGCCGCUUUUGACCCUAUAACAUUCGUCCAGAGGCCUCAAGUUAUUUUGCGUGCCCUCAGUUGGCUCUUUGCAAUAAUUGUUUUUGGAUGCAUAUCAUCGCAAGGCUGGCGUAUUGAAAACGGCCAAAAUUAUUGCUUAUAUAAUGGUGAUGCUUUCGCAUGUAAAUAUGGAACAACGAUAGGUGUUAUCGGUUUUCUUGCUGCUAUGGUCUUUUUGGUUGGUGAAUUUAUGUUUGAACGAAUGUCAUCGGUGAAAAGCAGAAAGCACUUUGUAUUAGGCGACUUAGCGUUUUCAGCGUUUUGGGCGUUCAUGUUUUUCAUUACCUUCUGUUAUCUGUGGAAUCAGUGGAGUAAAGCUGCACCACCUCCAGCCGGCUAUGGAGUCAAUAAUGUACAGGCAGCGAUCGCAUUUUCGUUUUUCUCAAUAAUUACUUGGGGAGGUAGUGCUUAUUUCGCUUACAAAAGAUACACACUUGGCGCAGAAGCUGCUUUUGCCCCGUCAUUUGAAUCGGAUCCUGCAGCGAAUGCAUAUUCUAGUUAUCCAGUAGGUAAUGAACCCGAUACCUACAACCAAGCUCCGUUUAGUGGUCAGCAGCAACCAUCGACGGACUAUCAAGCGCCAACAUAUUAAAUUGCCUACCAUCGCGUUUAUUUCGAUUGUGAAAGCAACAAUGAAAAGGAACUUAAGGUCAGAGGUAAAGUCAGGAUGAAAUAUAGAUGAAAUAAAAUUGUAUUUAAGCGAAGCAAAAUCGUUGUGUUGAUGGUGAAAUGUUUGUUUCCAAACAUUUGGUGCUUUAUGCCAUUUACAAUGUUUAAAUCGUGUUGCCAUCGAAUCAGAGCAAAGUAUUAAAAUCAUCUUUUGUAUCAGGACAUGUAGUCCUACAGAAUAUGCGUGGAAACAAAUAUUUAAUUUAAAUGUCAACCUAUCUAGUUCACAACCAGUAUUUUAUAAGAAAUGUCUUGAGUAAAUGAUACCAAAAAAUAUUAUAUACAAAUAGAUAUAUAUUUAUGGAAUCUAUAAUACUACAUUAUGAUAUUGCAAUUACGUUUUAAGAAUUGUUGGAUUACCACUGAUUUCCUAUUAGUCACAAUUAGAUUUGAUUUCGGUAAUGAUUAUUUCACAUUUCAGUACUUAUUUGCGUGGAUAUCUUGUCAUCAUAGUAUUCGUUAUUAUUCAUUGUGCGUUGAUGAUUACCGAACCUAGAACUUUCACGUAUUGAUCCAUAAAAGAUUGAAAACAAUAAGUAGGAAUGCAAAUUGUAUAUAAAAUGUAAUUUAUUCAAAAUUUUCUAAAAAAAACUAAAAACCCGCCGAAUCUUUAUUUGUGAUUAUAUUAAUUUACAUUUAGUUAUGUUUGUCCUAACAUAUCAAUUACUUGAUGAAAAACUACAAAGUCAAACGUUUUGGUUCGAUAUAAAGUUCAUGCAAUCGUCAUAAAAACAAAUUUAUGGUGAUAAUUCUUGGUUUGUUUAGUAUCUUACAUUUGGAGCUUCCCGUUGAAUUACAUACAAUGACUCACGUCCAACCUAUCGAAACUAAUUGUUUCCCGUCAUGCCCGUAAAAUUUGAAUAAGUGAUCAACUGCAUACGCUUCAAAUUCAUGCUUUGAGAAUAUCAUAUCAACGAUCGGUAUUGUGCUAAACUAGAUGAUAAACUGAUAAAUCGAUUUUAUUCAUGUUUUGCUUUCUACAUUAGCAUAUUAGAUGAAAUAAGCGAUGAAAAGCGUUUCUGUUUUCGAAUGCAAUUGGAAUACAGUAUUUGGAAUAUCAACACUAAGCUGAAUAAUAAAAUACCUAAUAAUAAUUUUCUAGUACAAUAGUUAAAAUAACUACAUAAUACAUAUGGUAACUGUAGAGAGCAAGGGCGGGUAAAUGUGGUUCAAUGCUUUGACUUCACAUUGAUGCAGUGGAGUUCUUGAAUGGAGAAGCAAAUUUGUUUUUUUCUACUCUUGGUGAACUAACUUCACUGCGUUUUCAUGAGGUGGUAACCGAAUAAUUUGUUACGUUGUUAUAAAUUUAAACUGGUGUGGUGGUCAAGUCAAGGAUACCCAUCUAAUAAAUAGUUCACUGAAACAGAAGUGACGUCAUAAGAUAUUAAAAAUGGAUUUAGAUCUCGUUUGGUUGGAAGUUGUUUUUAAACUCUUGAAAAAUGGUUAUUCUGUAUGAUUUCAGAACUUAUUUAAAAAUCCCUUAGUACAUUAAUAGUAGAAAUAUGUAAGGCUCGUACUUGGAACUAGUAACAAUGUAAGAACUUUUGAUAUUCGGUGCAUAGGGAAUCCCAUUAAUUUUUUCUUCAAACCUGGAUUUUUUUACUAUUGCCAGAGUUUAUAAGUUUCUUUUAUUUUAACCCAUUCAACACGGCAGCCAUUUUGGUUCAGUGUCUCGAAAUGGACUCCAUGACGCGUCAGUGCGCUCGCCGUGUGGAAUGGGUUAAUCACAAUUUAAAGAACAAGGAGUGGAUAAAACAGCUGUACGUAUAAUAUCUUAAAAAAGUACUCAUCUCGAAGACAAAAAUAGGUUUUUUUGGAGAAAGUCAACAAAUAGAAAGCUUCGCAGUUUUUCUUAAUAAUGGUUUUUUAUGUGGUCAAUGUGCCGACUUUAACAUUCUGUAGAAAAAGGCAGUAACGUGAAGGUCUGGUUAGAUGACAGGAUGGAACGUCUUCUAUGACUGGAUGUAUUCUCUGGAACUAGAAGCCGUGCAAGAAAUCAUGAAGCAUAAGAAGUGAAUAAAGUAUUGCAGGCGGAAUUAGGAGAGGUAGACAAUACUCGGUAAAUAUGAGAAUGGUAGUUCAAUGAAAGAUUUGCCUGGCUUCCGUAUUGGAUCUAUCACUUUCAACUACAUUGUCCAAUGGCAAGAGUAAUUGUUCAACUUGAAUUUCCUGUUGCUUGAUCUCUAUUGGUUUGCUUUUUCGGUGAUGCCUUUGGUAUAAUGGUUAAUUGGGGGGAAAUGUCUUUCAUAGCGAUUAAUAAAUUUGAGCUUUGAACAAAGAAGAAUACCGAUUUGGGUGUAAAAUAUGACAAGCCCCACUACCGAAAGGGUCCGAAUAUUCAACUGAAUUAAUGAUUUUGAUAUUUGAUGCCAUUUAUGUUAUUCUGUCAUUUGAUAUUCACAUGUUGAGAAAUGUGAAUUAAGGCAUGAAACCAAUAGCCUUAUUGCAAGGAAAUUAUCUUCCUAAUUCUAUUUCGUUCAUGAGUCAGACCUCCUUUUAUUAUUCUCUCGAAAUUCCCAUAUGCCUAUUCCUUUGUCUAGAAUUUAACCUGCUUUCGUUAGGGGCUAUGUCGAAAACUAGUCAUUAAAUGAAUAGGGGUGGCUAUUUGACGAAUUGGGAUAUUAUCGCAAUAGAUACAUACACUUAAGCUGCACGGCGACUUCGCAUUAACAAUUUGCAUUGAUUUUUAACGCAGGCAUGUUAAUUAGGUGGACUAGUAAUUGCCCAUUAUAUUGCCUAAAUCGGGCUUGGACUAUCUUGUACUUAUCAAUGAAAUCAGUAACAUUUGCGUCACUUUGAUCGAUCAAAUUUAGUCCUAGUAGGUAUGUAUGGUGCGAACACUGAAUAAUUUAUACGCAUUACUUCUAGUCUAUUCGGCGAUAAUCAGUAAUUCCACCUCGAUCAUUGGAGGCAUUUAUUUAAACGAUUCAACCAGCUUUUGAAAUUAUUGCCACGGCUAAGGUUGUUUCCUACGUGUUCGUAAAUAAUGUGUUGUUACUGUAUUCUGUUUAUGAAGAAUGAGUCGCUGGACUUUUUUAUGUAUUCUAUCGAUUCCUUAAAUGUGGUAGAUUUGAAUUUGUUCAAUCGAUUGACGUUUUCAUCGUAUCGACGUCGAAUUUGACAGACCCUUCCUAGUAGCGUAACAACUUGUUGCGAAAAAGCAGAAUAAGCCGAAGAUUUAUUUUGAUCUCCUUAAGCAAAUCGAUUUGUUUUGCUUGAAAUAAAUUCAAUUUUAAAAUAAUGGUUCCUCCCUAUUGAUUGUGCUUCCCUAGGUCGAAUCCAGUCGUCCCGCUGAUGUUGACCGUGUUUAGCAGUCUGAAAGGGUGGUCCAAAGAAAGAGUUUUAGUUACAACGCGAAACACAUACAGAACGAUUAAACAUUAUUUUAAUAUAUUUGCACAUUAUGGCAGCAGUUUGCACGUAUGGAAAAGCCAGCAGUCUAUUUCUCGUAAAAAAGAACGUGUCAUCAUUAAAACAGAUUCUAUAGAUUCUUCAUAUUAAUAGUUUCGAAUGUAAAUUAGCAGCUCCAUUAAAAGUAUUUAGUGGCUUUUUUGUCUGAAGAAAUACAUAGAUUUAUUCAGCGGAAUGAACAUAUUCAAUAUUCGCCUUUUGACUUUCAUAUGAAGACGUGUAAAACUAGAAUGGGUAUGGCAGUUGUGACAUGAUUCUGACCAUACCAAACUUGCAUAAUACCGAAAUAAAAAAGCCGUAAUUUCAUAAUUUUGCAUUAAUAUCCCAUUUCGAGAGAUGUUAAUGUACUACGUCUUUGUUGCUGUUAUGGCUGUUCAAAUGCUCCUUGAUUUCCUUGUGUGUCCACACUUUACAUACUUGUGUCAUAUAUCUGAAUUCACAUAGUUGUCCGGUUACCUAAUACUUUCCAACGACACUCAGAGGAAGUGCUCAUUUCGUACGAAAGGCAGGAUGAUAUCACUAGUACUUAUUGGAUAGAAAAUAUAAAGCAAGUUGACUUUAUGAGUUUUCAUACAUAUUUAAAGGCAUUGGAUACUUAAUGCCUGUGUCAAAAGGAUAAUACAGUGCUGAAUUUGGGUUUUAAACAUAUAUUUUUAUUAAAUAGAUCUCACCGUUAUGGUGCUUCGUUUUAUUUAAUGUACAUAAAUGGAUAAUGUGAACUAGUGAUAAUCGCAAAUUUCAACAGUUUACAUCCCUAUUAACAGUUACUAGUCAUUGUUCCUUUUUGUAACCAAUACAGUACAUCAAAAAUGAAUGCAUAUGCAUUAUAUGUACACUUGUUGAAGCUAAAGAAGAAUUAUUGAUCAAAAGGGGAAAAUAGUUUUAAAUAUUUUUAUAUACACGAUUUUGAAAGAGAAAAAUUUAAAGACAGAUGAAAUAAUUUUGAUGUUAUUGACCACUAGUUACACAAGGUAUAGCUUCACGUUUUUUUGUAAAUAUAUGUCAAGAACGUCGUUAUUGAGUGGAACAGUCCACUUGAUGGUACGGCACGGAGCAGUCAAGCAAUACUUGAGUGAAAAGACAAACUAAUUCCAUUAAUUUAAAUAUUGAACAAAUGUUGAAUAAGGCACUUCUGACUGUUUUAAAGCUAAAAAGGACAUAGUUUUUUUAAACGCAUACUUGCGCCCGGUAGGAAAAUGAUUUAUUUCAAGACCAUCGCAUAGUUACUAUACUCAUACACCUGUGCAUUCAUCGUUCGUACAAAAUAAACCGCCAAAUAGAAGAAACUAAAUUUGAAAUAAACAGUUCAAAUAUAUGGGGUAAACAAUAAUUGAUACCAAAUUUAUAAAAUGAAGAAAGAAGGGAAAAACCGAACUAAUUCCAAUUGAAUAUGUAAUAUGUAUCUUGAAGUAAAUAUAAAUAUAAAAGAUUAUAUAGAUGGAGUUCAUAUAAAAUGUAAGAUUGACUCGUUGACAAAAACAGACAAAGAAGAAAAAGAUAUUAAAAUGUAGUGGUAGUAAUAGGACAAUAUGUAAAAUAAAUUAAAUGGAAAAUUUGAAAGCAUAUAGAAGACGAUAUUCGAAGUAUGUGUUCUCUGGUUCUCGUAGAAUUCAUUAGUUGUUCAGCAUAGAAUACGACAUAAUUUAUUAUUUUUUGCAUUUUACAAGUGUUUUGUGAUAAUUUCGUUUGUCCUUCGUUUGAUUGUAUAAUGGCUAUUUGUUAUGUAAAACAUAAAUUAUGAGGUGAUGUAAAAUUAAGUAUGGACAGAUAUUGUAAAGUUCAUAAAAUAAAAGAAUCUGAAAAAUA